AUGCCGCUUCCUCUGUUCGCCGCUAUUCUUAUUGGAAUAGGCGCUGGUAGCGUUGUUGGUAUCUCUGUCCUUGUAGGAUUAGUCAAGCAAUCUGGAAGAAAGUUAAGUAAACCGCCGCCUAAUCCACCACUCUCUCGACAAAAACAAACAUCGACUUUGCAACUGAUUGAGACUGCACGGAAAGAGUUGAAUAUGGACGUUGUUCACUUUUAUAACUUUGGUAUUUGUGGUGCACAGAAUGCCGGCAAAUCGACAUUUAUCAAUUCACUUCGCCUGUUGGAUGAUGUUAAUAACGAUACAGAGUUUAGAUACAAUAUGUUUGGCCCGGCACCAACUGGUGAAAAUCAGACUACCAUCGAAAAACAAAAAUAUCGAUUUCCGCCGGGUAGGUCGUCUUCAGAUCCGAGAAGUGAUCGAUCCAGUAUUCAAGAGAAUGAAGACUUUUAUCCUUUUGAACAUGUAAUGGUAUGGGACAUCCCAGGCUGUGGCACAAGAGACCAUCCAGUAGCCACAUAUUUUAAAAGAGAACAUUUGGCUGCAUUUGAUUGUUUAGUUUUGGUGGCAGCAACCGCUACAUUAGGUGAAUAUGAAAGGCACAUUCUGCAAGAAAUAGAUAAAUCAAAAACGUCAGUGAUUAUUGUGAUCAAUAAACGAGAUGGUUGUAUAGAACCAAAAUGUCGAAAAAAAUUUGGUCGUCACUAUCAGCCAGCACUACAUGAUUAUAAAUUAAUUAUUACAGAAAUAAUUAACGAAGCAAAAACAGCAGUUCAAGAUAGUUUAUUAGAUUUAAAUUUGACACAAACGCCGGAGGUGUUUGCAAUAUCAGCUUACAAUUAUCGCGAUUAUAUGUUUCGUCAAACAAAAACUGAACUAGACGAACUAUUUACAUUCGAAUUUGGUGAUUUUCUUAAAUGUUUAACCAAUGCAGCAGAAGAACGAAGGAAAAAGAAUACGUAA